AUGAGCCAGAAUCAAAGUAUGCUUCUCAACAGCGGUCAUAGGAUUCCACAACUUGGCUUCGGGACCUUCUACGCUCCUAAAGAAGUCGUGACUGAAGCGGUGGAAGUGGCUAUUAGCACUGGGUAUCGCCACAUUGACUGUGCUAUGAUCUAUGGGAACGAAAAGGAAGUCGGUGCUGCAAUUGCAACAUCCAUGAAGAAGUACAAUCUUAGGCGUGAAGAUAUCUUCGUUACCUCGAAGCUGUGGUGCGACAAACACGCACCCGAAGAUGUCCGCGCGGCGUGCGAACUCUCAGUUAAAAAUUUUGGCCUGCAGUACUUGGAUUUAUACUUGAUGCACUUUCCUGCGUCCCUCAAAUACAAGGAGGGUGUGGAUUUCAAUAUCCGUGAUCCAAACUCGUUCAGUUUUGAGUAUCAUAAAAUUGAGGACACAUGGAAGGCCAUGGAGGAAUUGGUGUCUGAUGGACUCGUGAAAUCGAUUGGCGUGUCCAACUUUAACAAAAGACAAAUUGAACGCAUUUUGUCAUCAUGCACAAUUCCUCCAGCAGUGAAUCAGGUUGAAGUCAAUAUUCACUGUCUCAACACGAAGCUGAUUGAGUUUUGUCACUCAAAGAACAUCAUGAUCGAGGGCUAUUCGCCCCUUGGCUCUCCCGGUUUUGUUGGAGACCAAGUAAAGCCAGUAUUGGAGGAGGAGAACGUUGUCGAGAUUGCUCACAAGCACAAGAAAACACCUGCUCAGGUGCUUCUGCGUCAUGGUCUCCAAAGAGGCAUCGUUGUUCUCGUCAAAAGUGUCACUCCUGAGCGCAUUAGGUCAAAUUUUGAUUUGUUUGAUUUCGAGCUGACCGAUGCGGAAAUGGAGAAACUCAACAUGACUGGUGAAGUCGGCCGUGUUAUUUGGUGGCCUGGCUUUUCAAAGCACCCGGAAUAUCCGUUCCACGAUGAGUACUAA